AUGGAGUGGUCAAAUGAACUGAUCUUAGAAUUUCUUGAUCUGUAUGAACAACAACCAUGUAUCUGGAACCCAAAACAUGCUCAACACAAAAUUCGAAAUUCCGUACAUGAUUCGUGGGAAAAUAUUUCAAAAAACCUCAGUGUACCAUAUUCAAUAAAUGACUUAAAAAAGAAGAAAGAUUCGUUGAUGGCCACAUACAGGAAACUCGUUAACAAAGUUAAAGCGAGUAAAAAAACGGGUUCAGGAUUAGAUGACAUCUACAAACCUGACUGGUUCGCAUACGAAGCAAUGGCCAAGUUUCUACAUAGCGUGAACCAACCUAAUACCACCAAAAGUUUAGAGGUAAAUGUAUUCAGAUUAAAUAAAUAA